ACCUGGACACGGUGCUUGGGUACGAGCGAAGAGUCAAGGCAGCCGCGCACAGCCACCACCUCCAGACAACUUCAGCAACGAUGAUCGCCAACAACAUCUCUAUUUUCUGCGUGUCUUCACUUCUACUUUUAAACUUGGUCGGUGCCAAACCAGUCACCAGUUUACAGAGUCUUAAGCAGUUGUUAGAUGAAGAAGUGAACACGCCGUUUGUGGAGUCGGGGGAGUCGGUGAUGGAGCAGAAAGAUGCGAGAUCCGAGAAGAGCGCGCUGGAUGAGCAAAUGUGGGAUUCAGAUGCGCGCAACUCAGCGCUGGAUGGAAAAGAUAGCGCCAUCGAGCGUCUUCUACGCGACUUACUGUCCACUUCCAAGCGCUCCUGGAGUCGAUUCAAGAAAGGCGGGCUGAGGAGCUGCUUUGGGGUCAGACUCGAAAGAAUCGGGUCUUUUAGCGGACUCGGGUGUUAAGUGGAGGUAUGUUAGGAGAUGUUGGCAAGAUAGAAACGUGGAACAUUGCUCAACGCGUAUUACAAAAUAAAAUUAGUCAUGUCUUAAGUACUUCAUGUCAUGUCACUUCUUGCAGGUUGGGACUUUGAAAUACUUGACACACUUUGGGAGGCACUUCUUCGAUUAAAAAAAUAAAAUAAAAAUGAAGAAGAAGAAGUGUUGACUGAAAGUUUACCGUAGAUUUAUGUUCGGGUGAUGCUGUAUGUGUUGGUCAUUAUGUAUUUAAGAUUUAGACAUGUUAAUAGUUUGUAUUCGAAGAAUGCUUUGUACUGUUGCAUCUAUUUAUUUAUUUAUGUAUUUAUUUAUGUCCUCUAUAAAUCCAAUCGUGUUAUAGAUCAUGUAUAUUGCUGCAAAAUAAAUAUUUUGCAUAA